AUGUAUGCUCAACGGCCGCUGGCCUAUGCUCCUACUCCUUACAGCUAUACACCGAAUACCACUCGCUCAGCAUCCAUCAAUCUCGAUGAGGAAGUGAAACUCUCAUCGAGCUCAGCGGAGCGUGACCUGUACGAAUCGUUGGCCGAGAUUUACAGCAUAAUAGUCACUUUGGAUGGGUUGGAAAAGGCCUACAUCAAAGAUGUGGUCACGGAGGCGGAGUACACUGAAACAUGCACUCGGCUACUGAAACAGUACAAGUCCACCUUGGGUGAUGACACUGUCGCGCGGGAGUUCGGUGACUUGGAGACAUUCAAGCGAACAUGGGGGCUCGAAUGCCCCCGUGCCACCGAGCGCCUCCGCAUCGGACUCCCCGCGACAGUCGAACAAGCAUCACACAGCAGCGCAACAGCCAACAAGGCGCCUGGAGCACCAGGUGCUACAGCUGGAGCAUCUGGUAGCCUGAUUCUGGCAGCUACGGAGAACUUCAUCACCUUCCUCGAUGCACUGAAAUUAAACAUGGUCUCGAAAGACGCGCUUCAUCCACUGCUUUCGGAAGUCAUCCAGUCAGUCAAUAAAGUCACGGAUAUUGAUUUUGAGAAUCGUGGAAAGAUCAUACAAUGGCUGAUCACGCUGAACCAAAUGCGUGCGACGGAAGAGCUGGGCGAAGAGCAAGCGAGAGAGCUUGCGUUCGAUAUCGAGCAGGCGUACCAAGGGUUCAAAUCAACAUUGGAGUAG